GCUGGUCCUGGCAGCCUGGUCUCGCCCUGAUCCUGUGCUGGCUGGGGUUUCUGUUGGCUCGUCAGCGGCACUAAUGAACACUGGCACUAACGAACACCGGCCUCUCGCCCAGGGAUGAACAAGUUGAAAUCAUCACAGAAGGAUAAAGUGCGUCAGUUUAUGGUCUUCACACAAUCUAGUGAAAAGACAGCGGUGAGUUGUCUCUCUCAGAAUGACUGGAAGUUAGACGUUGCAACAGACAACUUUUUCCAAAAUCCUGAACUUUAUAUACGAGAGAGUGUUAAAGGAUCGUUGGACAGAAAGAAGUUAGAACAACUAUAUAACAGAUACAAAGAUCCUCAAGAUGAAAAUAAAAUUGGUAUAGAUGGUAUACAGCAGUUCUGUGACGAUCUAGCUCUCGACCCAGCCAGCAUUACUGUCCUCAUUAUCGCAUGGAAAUUCCGAGCUGCAACACAGUGUGAAUUUUCCAAGCUGGAAUUCAUGGAUGGAAUGAGUGAGCUGGGAUGUGACAGCAUAGAAAAACUGAAGGCCCAGAUUCCUAAAAUGGAACAAGAGUUAAAAGAGCCAGGAAGAUUUAAGGAUUUUUAUCAGUUUACUUUCAACUUCGCAAAGAACCCGGGACAGAAAGGUUUAGAUUUAGAAAUGGCCAUUGCCUACUGGAAUUUAGUACUUAAUGGAAGAUUUAAAUUUCUAGACUUGUGGAACAAAUUUUUGUUGGAACAUCAUAAAAGAUCAAUUCCUAAGGAUACCUGGAACCUCCUCCUAGACUUUAGUACAAUGAUAGCAGACGAUAUGUCGAACUAUGAUGAGGAAGGGGCAUGGCCAGUUCUUAUUGAUGACUUUGUGGAAUUUGCACGCCCUCAAAUUGCUGGGACAAAAAGUACGACGGUGUAGCACUAACGGACCCUUCUAGAGUGUACAUAGUCUGUACAAAUACCUGACAUGGAGAAUUGCACAGUCAAUUUCUGCUGGCUGGACUGAACUGAAGCUCAAUCCUCACGGUAUGGCUGAGGGUUGGGACAAACCUCUAAGGAUACAUCUUGGACCAUAUCAUAAUUCAUUCUUCUACUGGUGGUUUGGGCUUUUCUUCUAGUCUGGACCGCUCUUGCCAGUUAAAAUUCCAACGUUGUGGAUUUCAUCAUGGAUUUUUUAAAUAAUUUUUUUUUUUUUUUUUUUUUUUGGUGGACCACCCCAGUUUCAUCUCCCAUGAGCCCGAGAAGCUUUAUAAUUAUUUUGAGGUUUCUGGUUUCACAUAAAGCACAAUGCUGGUCAUCAUCAGCCAACCAUUGUACGGCAUCUGAAUGAUACAGAUCAACAUCAAAACAGUUUUUAAAAGAAUCCUUAAAUAUACACUUGGGGCUAGUUGCAAAGACUGCAUCGAUAGCACUUCCUGUGAGAGUGAUAUAUUUAAGUGUACCGGGUCCGAUAGUUUUUUUUCUUUUCUUUUCUUUUCUGGAAAAGUUACAGGUAUCGUAUAAGUGAGUUUGAGUAUCUGGUAAAAACCAUCGCAGAAAUAACCAGGAAAAGGUGAGGUUUGGUUGAUGCUGGGGUGCCUGGGUGCCCUCUGAAGGGCUUGGGGAUGCUGUGGUGGCCUCGGGAGCAGCUGGAGGUGGGGACAGCCCCGGGCUCGGGGUCCUGCUGGGCUCCGGGGAGCGGCACCGAGACGGCGGAACCCAAUAUCCCCCAGGUUAUCAUCUGAGAAACCAGAUUUCAUUACAGUUCUGAAAUGCUUCUCUGUCUGUCCAAGAAAGGUUUUUCAUUUCUGUGGAAAUCUAAAACUUGAAGUUUUGAA